AUGUACAGCUGCCAGGAUCCUGAAGCAUCGAAUAAUCUCACCGCCGCACCCAACUUUCUGCUUAAACUAAGCGGCGAUGACGAGCUUAUAUUCACAUUCACCUUUGUGAUUCGUCAGUCACAGCCAUCUGGUGCCGCAGAUGGCAAGCCAGCUAGCCCAGACACGAAUAUCUCUGGCCUGACAUAUGUCCAUGCUUCUACCCCUCGAGAAGUUUCGAAUCUUGUCACGCGAGAAUUCCAUGCCGAUCCAAACCUUCACAAGAACGCAAAUGUAGAGCUAGUGGGCGACUACAGCACCGCAGGCAGUCCAUCUGUGACAUUUGAAUGGACCUGGAAGUGGAAGCCGCCGAAGCCUGUCGAGGACAAAGGGGGCGGUUGGAGGAACUGCUGCAGCUUUGUCGAAUAUGACCCUCGAGCCCAUCGUCUAAACACUCUGGCGAGCUUCUCCUACUUUGUGUCAAGUCCAAGUUCACCACUGAGCAACCCCAUCUCACCCCCGCCGCAUUUCCUCUUGAGUCCGCCCCCAAAGAUUCGAGUCGCCUCCACACAGUCGGUCGAGUCUCGAUUAACUGGUGUUGAUGUUGACGAGCCCGUCUCCCCUCUCCUUGGGCCGAAUGAAAGCCUGUCGCAAACGAACACGAAUCAGAUGCAAGAGCCCGUCAAGGUUGACGUUCCAUGUCCCAAGUAUGACGACGAUGUUACUGCCAGUGAUGAUGGCCCUGUGUUCCGGGCAACUCUCAAAGCACUGGAGCAAAAAACGGGAAACAUGCGAGUCCAGAUGAAGAAGGUUCUUAAACGAGCAGAGCACGCCCAUUUGCAGCAAACCGAGGCCAACGACGCCUUUGUUGCGUUCAUGGAAGCUCUGCGCGAGGCGUCUUGCACCAAUGCCAACGCCUUCCAACCCGCGUUGGAGCACUACUUUGAUAAAAUCGCUCGUGAAGUCGUCGCCUAUGAACGACAAAACACGGCAAACUUGCAGAAGAUUAUUAUAGAGCCCCUCAACAAGCUAUAUCAACUUGACAUCAAACAAGCCGAAUACAAGAAGCGCGAUUUCGAGGAAGAAAGCAAAGACUAUUACGCAUAUGUAUCGCGGUAUCUGGGCCAGCGGCAAGAUUCGGGAAAGGCGAAGAAACUUGCCGACAGCGACUCGAAAUAUCAAAACAAGCGACGAAAUUUCGAGCUGAAGCGAUUCGAUUACUCUAGCUUCGUCCAGGAUCUCCACGGUGGUCGUAAAGAACAAGAAGUUCUGUCCCACCUGACAAAAUACGCAGAUGCACAAACAAGAGGCUAUCUGGCCACGGCGAAGAAAAUUGAGGACUUCCUUCCACAGUUGGCAGCGCUCUCUUCCGAAGUUCAAGAGGCGGACAAGGAGUAUCAGUAUCGACGACGAGAGCGGGAGGAGAAACGAAGACAGCUGGAGAAGUCAAAUCCCCCCUAUUCGGAACCAGAACAAGCAAGCCUAAGUAGUUCUGCUCUAUUGACCUCGAGCUUGAACGGUGUUGCCGGGAAUACUUCUGACAGCGAACUUGGUCGUGCCGACAGCACAGGCUCGCAAAUCAAGAACUCAAUUGCUAUCGGAGUUGGCGGUCAAGGAUCCGCUACCCAAGGAGCCGAGCUGUCGAGAUCUCCUGGUAGCCAAGGCCAGUCGUUCAUGACUAGCUCUACACAGGGGGCCAAGUUCAAAGGCUUUCGAGAUCUCGAGGAGCGAGAUGCAGCGCAGUCCGUAGGGAGCCAACGGAAGGAAGGUCUAUUGUGGGCGCUCAACCGACCGGGUGGUCAUGUCGAUCCACGAAACCUGAACAAGCAAGGAUGGCACAAAUUUUGGAUUGUUUUGGAUCAAGGGAAGCUAUCCGAGUACAGUAAUUGGAAGCAGAGGCUGGACCUCCACAUGGAUCCGAUCGACUUGCGAAUGGCCUCUGUUCGCGAGGCACGCAAUGCGGAACGCCGAUUCUGUUUUGAAGUCAUAACGCCCAACUACAAGCGGGUUUAUCAAGCAACAUCUGAAGAGGACAUGAACAGCUGGAUUAUGUCGAUUAACAAUGCAUUGCAAAGUGCGAUGGAGGGUCGAGGCGUCCCGGACCGAUCAUCGUCGACUAGGUCACCCGUGGAUUCGUCUCUCAAAAGGGAUAUUGGCUCUAUCUUGACGGGCAAAACACAGCACUCGGGUCAUCCCGCCCACUCACAUCACCAGUCAACCACAAACGCGGGAGUGCCCCAGCGCCGAAUAACGGUCGGCGCUCGGCCUGGUGCGGUUCGCACGACAAGCUCAGGUUACGAUGAGAAUCCAGAUAAGCUGCUGCAAAUGGUUCGAAACGCGGACCAAGGCAACUGUUGGUGUGCAGACUGUGGCUCGGGGUCAAAGGUGGAAUGGGUCUCCAUCAACCUGGGCAUCAUCCUGUGCAUUGAAUGCAGCGGCAUCCACCGCUCCCUUGGAACACAUAUCAGCAAAGUCCGGUCGCUGACGCUGGAUAUCAAGUCGUUCACCAUCGAUAUUGUCGAAGUCCUCUUGCUCAUCGGAAACAGGGUAUCAAACAUGAUUUGGGAGGCCAAGUUGGAUGUGUCUCAGAAACCAAGCCCACAAGCGACACGAGAACAACGGUUGAGGUUCAUCACUGCCAAGUAUGUGGACCGGGCGUAUGUUGAGCCGAUCUCGGCAACUCUGUCGAGAUAUGCGACCCCGGACGAAACGUUGCUGGCGGCUGUCAAAAAGAACGAGAUCCAGCAAGUCUUGUACGCCUUGGCACUCAAGGCAAAUCCCAAUGUAGUUGACAAGAUGAGGGGAACGCAUGCAAUCUGGCUGGCACUUGCAGCGGCAGAUCCAGCACAGCCAUCGCCAACACCGGGCAUAAACGCUUCCGACGCCGAUGUCAAGGCCGUGCCCUUCCCCGUUGCCGAACUCCUCAUUCAGAAUGGGGCAGAGAUCCCAGCAUCCCUGCCUGCUUUCCCACUUGGGCGGUGUGCUCAACAGUACUACGAACAGAAGAUGGGCAGAGGCAGUAGUACAGGACAUGAUGUUCUGGGCUCACUACCCCUUCACCUGAGCUCAAGCGAUAGGCCGCAGCGAGAGAGGGAAGCCAGGCUACAGAAACGUGUCAGCGCUGGAGGGCGACUGGCAAAGUCCCCAAUACCCGAAAAAUAG